AUGCGCCUCUCAGCAGUGCUUGCAUUCGCAUCCGUGGCUCUCGCAGCCCGCCCAUUCCUCGAUGAACCAGACACAGGUAUCGAUGAGCAGCUCGGUAGCACAGUCGCCAAUGGUUCACUGGCGCCUCUCAAGUCGCUGGUCGGCCUCCCAGAUUUCCAAUGGGCUGCCCGCCGCUACAUGAACACCUCCGCAUACACCUACUACCGCAAUGGAGCUGCCGGAGAAUGGUCAUACCGCAACAACCUAGAGGUCUUCCAGCGCUUCCGCCUUCGCCCCCGUGUCAUGCGCGACAUCACAAAGAUUGAUUCGUCGUUUCCUACAACCAUGUUGGGCUACAACUUCUCAGCGCCCUUCUUCAUCUCACCUUGCGCCCGCGGCGGAUAUGCACAUCCCGAUGGCGAGCUUGGCCUUGUCAAGGGUGCAGCGCAGGGCAACAUCCUGUAUAUGCCCUCGCUCUACUCGUCCAAGAAGAUUGAUGAGAUCUACGCUGCCCGAGGCAACAACUCCCAACAGAUCCUCUUCCAGCAAGUCUAUCUGGACGGCGGCUUGAACGACACCCAAAAGUUGUUCCGCGAUAUCGAAGCAAAGGGCGCAAAGGCUAUUGUCAUGACCAUUGACUCCCCCGGUGACGGCAUUAGGCAUCGAGCUGCCCGUUACAGUGUAGGCUCGGCAAACACCGACUACACCCUGCUUACAUGGGAUCUAUACCAACAGUUCGCCAACAUGACAUCUCUACCCAUCGUUCUCAAGGGUAUCCAGACUGUCGAGGACGCCCGUGAAGCUGUUAAGAAUGGCGUCAAGGCCAUCUUCCUCUCGAACCACGGCGGUCGCCAACUCGACUCGUCACCCUCCUCCCUCGAGAUUGCAUUGGAGAUUUACAACGAGGCUCCUGAAAUCUUCCAACAAACCGAAGUUUACGCCGAUGGCGGCGUGCGCUACGGCGCUGACAUCCUGAAGCUGCUCGCGCUUGGCGUCAGGGCUGUUGGUGUUGGCCGUCCAUUCAUGUACGCAAACAUCUACGGUGCCGAGGGUGUCGCAAAGGCUGUUUCAAUACUAAAGUACGAGCUUGCGAAUGAUGCCGCCAAUCUUGGCGUUGGAGACAUCCACAAGAUCGGCCCGGAGUAUGUUAACUGGAAGAGCACGAAUGCGUGGUUCAGCUAG